CACAGCUCACGUGACCAGCGCAAUCUCCGUGUUAUAUAUAAAUCCCUCGAUUAGCAUUUUUCUCUUCACUGUAAUCUCUCUGUAUAAGCUCUAAUCACUAAACUAAAUCUAAGCUUCUAAUUUUCAUUCUUUCUAUUAGCAAUGGCCGGUGACAAGAAGAUUAAGAUCGGAAUCAACGGCUUUGGAAGGAUUGGUCGUUUGGUUGCUAGAGUUGCACUUCAAAGGAAUGAUAUUGAACUUGUAGCUGUUAAUGAUCCUUUCAUUUCUACUGAGUACAUGACCUAUAUGUUCAAGUAUGACACCGUUCAUGGUCACUGGAAGCAUACAGAUAUUAAAGUCAAGGAUGAGAAAACACUUCUCUUUGGUGAGAAACCAGUUUCUGUUUUUGGAGUCAGAAACCCAGAGGAGAUUCCAUGGGGUCAAACUGGUGCUGAGUUUGUUGUUGAAUCUACUGGUGUUUUCACUGACAAGGAAAAGGCUGCAGCUCACUUGAAGGGUGGUGCUAAGAAGGUUGUUAUCUCUGCUCCUAGCAAAGAUGCACCUAUGUUUGUUGUGGGUGUUAAUGAGAAUGAAUAUAAGCCAGAGCUUGACAUUGUUUCCAAUGCUAGCUGCACUACUAACUGUCUUGCCCCCUUGGCCAAGGUUAUAAAUGAUAGGUUUGGGAUUGUUGAGGGUCUAAUGACCACUGUUCACUCCAUCACCGCCACUCAGAAGACUGUUGAUGGGCCAUCAAUGAAGGACUGGAGAGGUGGAAGAGCUGCCUCCUUCAACAUCAUUCCUAGCAGCACUGGAGCUGCUAAGGCUGUUGGAAAGGUUCUUCCUGCACUUAAUGGCAAAUUGACUGGAAUGUCAUUCCGUGUUCCAACUGUGGAUGUUUCUGUUGUUGACCUUACUGUCAGGCUUGAAAAGAAGGCAACAUAUGAGGACAUCAAAGCUGCAAUCAAGGAGGAGUCUGAGGGCAAGCUUAAGGGAAUCUUGGGCUAUACUGAAGAUGAUGUAGUGUCUUCUGACUUUGUGGGCGAUAGCAGAUCAAGUAUUUUUGAUGCCAAGGCAGGAAUUGCUUUGAAUGACAACUUUGUGAAACUUGUCUCUUGGUAUGACAACGAAUGGGGCUACAGUUCACGUGUGCUAGACUUGAUUGCUCACAUUGCCUCCACCCUCCACUGAAGACAUUGAUGGUGAUUUUUGACUGCUGUGUAUUGAGUCAAAUGUUUAGAUGCAGGCUUCCCUUUGUUUAAUAAAACUUGUGUCCGCUCUUUUGUAAUUUUUGAUUUUGGUUGGUCAAAGAUGGGGUUUUUAAAGGAUGUUGUUGGAGAAAGAAUUUCAUCAGUUCAAUACAAACAUUAGAUGGUUUUUACAGUA